GAUGAUUUCUCUCCAUAACAAUAACAAGUAAGACAUAGUAAAUUAAUAUGUUGAGUUUUUAACUCGGUUUUAUUAGGUUUUUAUUUUUGAACUAACGGAAAAUAGACAUAUACGUAAUUUAAGUAAUCUCAGGACCUCCACAAAGUAUUGGCAGCACAGAAUUUGCAGCAACUUAAGUACUUAAAAAACAUCUGGCACGGGGCGCGUAUUGUGGCUAAAGGAUUAACAAACAAUGGAGGACUCUGUAGAUGGGACACGCAAAGAUCAUGUACUCGAUCGUCUCAAUAAACGUAACAAGGAUCGUCAAAAUUAUUUGGAUGUCAAAUUGGAGCAACGUUCGAAAGACUGUAUCGAAAAUGAGGGUGUUGAUUAUUUUGCCCAAACUUUCGGGCAACGUGCCUACGACAUUGAGCAGAGUAUCAAGAGUGUUCAAUUGACGAGUGGCGGUGAUGCGCCGCCAGCUUUGAAUCAAUUGACCAAACAUUUUGCUGAUAUCACAAUGCAGAUACAGGAAUUGCAAAACUAUUUAACCGCAUCCACAAUGUUUCUAUCGGAUUUUAAAAUCAAAUCUUGUCAAAAUAUGUUAAAUUCAUUGACCAGCAGCAGCGAUGAGGCACGUCAACGUUUAAUACCAAAGAAGAAAUUUGGUUUUAGUGGCAAAAAGACAAGUGUGAACGUUAAACAGAAACCUCAAUUGAUUGACAAACCGGAUGCAAUGGAGAAAUUGGAAACAGCUGAAAAGAAAGUCAAACAAUUUGAUUGGACCAUAGCCAAUUCGAAGAAUAGACAUUUAAUCCUAUCGGGCGAUGAUGUCAAUGGUCAGGAUAUAACCAUUUCGAAUUUAAGUCAUUGUCUAAUUGAACUGCAAGGUCAUCCGGGCUCUGUACAGAUCUCCAAGGCCGCCCAUUGCACUAUACUAUGUGGCCCGAUAUCGAGAUCAUUUUUUGCCGAACAUCUUACAAAUUGUACUCUGGCCAUUGCCUGUCAGCAAUUGCGUUUGCAUUCCUCUCAAUCCGUAUGCAUCUAUUUGCAUGUCACCUGUCGAGCCAUUAUCGAAGAUUCGAAUGGCAUCGAUAUAGCUGAAUAUAAUUAUGAUUAUCCAGAGCUGGAGAAUGAUUACAUCAAGUCGGGUUUGAAUAAAUCCCAAAAUAAUUAUACAGAUGUCGCUGAUUUCAAUUGGUUAUCACCGGAUAUACCGUCGCCCAAUUGGACAUUGCUCAAAGAUUAUGCAGCUCCCAAUUGGACGGCCCAGAGGCGAGAGUUCCUGUCAAAGCAUAAUGUUAAUGAUAAUAUUCCUCAUAAUGAUAAUAAUGCAAUAGUCAAGGAUAUAUCGAUUAUAUAGUGGCGACAUCGGCGGUUAUUGUUCUCAUUAUUGGCCUAUGCCCUUGUGAUGGCUUGGCUACUUUUGGAAAUUCUAAUGCCGCCGUUGUCUCAGUAUAGCAAUUUAACUCGCACUGUGUAAAUGAAUAACAUUUAAGGUAUAAAUAAUAAUA